CCGCUCCAAUCCAAUCCGCAACGGUUCGAACUUCGAAGUGGCCCGUGGCCCCUUCGAAAAUGGAGCUUCCGGACGUGUUCUACAACAAGCAAGAUUAUAUUGAGACUGCUUCUGGAAACAAGGUUAGCAGAGGUUCUGUCCUCUGCGGCAGUCAGAACAUCGUGCUUAAUGGAAAGACAAUCGUAAGGUCCGGAGCGAUCAUUAGAGGAGACUUGGCGAACAUCAGGAUAGGACGACAUUGUGUUAUUGGAAAAGGAUCAGUGAUAAGGCCACCAUUCAAGAAGUUCAGCAGAGGUGUCGCAUUCUUCCCCUUGCAAAUCGGCGACCACGUAUUUAUCGACGAAGAUACGGUUGUAAAUGCUGCCAGCGUUGGCUCGUACUCAUACAUAGGAAAGAACUGCGUCAUUGGCCGACGGUCCAUUCUGAAGGACUGCUGUAUGAUAGCGGACAAUACAGUACUAGCACCAGAAACAGUGGUGCCAGCAUACGCCGUCUAUUCAGGGUCUCCUGGACUCCUGACCGAAGAGAUGCCGGAGUGCACGCGGGACAUCAUGGUGGAGUUCACCGACAAUUAUUACCGCCAUUUUCGGCAGUACGAUUCGGGCUCGGGAUAGAGGCCUUUAUUAAAAGCGCGCCAAGA